AUGCCAGACGAACUGAGUGUGCCAAAAAAUCUUCUAACUGCAUUAAAAGAGUGGGAAGAAGCCGGGGAGCCAUUUGAAGACGACGACGAAUUAGCAUUCAUAGAAUAUAAGGAAAGCAAAGCUUAUAAAAAUGGAGAAAGACCUGGAUCAUUUGGUGAAAUUCUUAGAACCAAUUCAGCUGGGUUUACACCAACAAGAAUGAUAAGACCGGGAAGGAGAGCUCGCCUCUUACCCCCGGAGUCAGAGAACAAUCCGAUUCCACCACAUAUAAUAGUGAAUGAUUUAAAGCUUUUGAGCUAUAUUGGUAAAUAUGUUAACAUAAGAAAAUAUAAAGAAAAUGAAACAAGAUUAAAUUCUCCCGCUAGUAUUGGUGAUCUGGUUCACAAAUGUGAAUCUUUAUAUGCUUUAAUUUACCAGAGCAGGGUCGUUUGA